CGGAGUACCGAGAACAUCUUCCGUCCAAACAGAAACUGAAGAAACUCGCGAUGAGUGUCACCUUGCGUCUACUGCUGGUGCUUGGCAUCGUGUCUACCGCGGUUGCCCUGCCUCCUCCCGAGCCGCUGUCUGCCGCCGCCGCCGCGACCACCACAAAGCCCCCCGGCAUCCCCCCGGCGGUGGUGGACCUGAUCUCGUCCCGCCUCGACGCCCUUGCGACCGGCGCUGUCCCAGGGGCGCCACCCGCCGCUUUUGUUCCUCCUGGCAAGCCAACUGCUGUACCAGCUCCUGGAAUGCCACCUGCCGUAGCAAAGCUGGUUAAAAGCAUGCUCAAGAGCUAUGCUGUGCCAACUGUGGCUUGAAUGAGGAUUAAGUUAGCGUCUGCUGUUCCAUCUGUAACUUUAGACUCGCCAGUUAUAAUGUAUUUGUUUUAAAAAUUAAACCAGCUUUUUCUAAUUUAGCUGAGUAUUGGUGUGCUAGAUAUUCUUUCCCUAAAUUUUAACCUCUAAAUUUGCAUGCGUCAAAUGUUUCCAAUUAGUACUUAUUACUGAAUUUAAAAAAGAGUAAUUUAUUAUUUCGUUCUAUAUACUGGAUUAAAUUUAUAAUAAACUUUCAUGAACUUUUUUACCCCAGUACAUUCAAAUCGAUAGUUGUUGUCCUUAUUGGCCUUUAAAAUUGACGAUUAUUGAAUAGGGGGUUAAAACGAGGCAUCAUUAUCAAUUAUCUGCCGACGUAUUAUUUGAAAUCAACACGUGAAGAAAGUAUAUUAUGCAGUGAGCGCAAAUCAAUCUAAUUGUUAUCAUUUACUUAUCUAAACCUUAAAAUUCUUGUGCUUGGUUGCGGGUGUGAAACUCAUUGCUGCCAUCAUCAAGCACUCAUUUCUUUGGAACUAUAAAAGUUACUGACAAA